AUGGCGCCCAUUGCAGUCUCCCCCGAGAGGGAUGUUGGGCCCCUAAAUACGCUGACCACUGGAUUUGACGAUACCAUCCGCUUCUACCUCAACGGAACUCGCGUCGUGCUCGACGAGGUAGACCCCGAGGCCACCUUGCUCGAAUACUUGCGUGGCAUUGGCCUCACCGGCACUAAACUCGGCUGUGGCGAAGGCGGUUGCGGCGCCUGCACCGUAGUCAUCUCCCAGUUCAACCCGACGACCAAGCAAAUCUACCACGCGAGCGUCAACGCCUGCCUGGCCCCGCUGGCCAGUCUCGACGGCAAGCAUGUCAUCACCAUCGAGGGCAUCGGCAACACCAAGGCCCCGCACCCCGCCCAAGAACGAGUCGCAAAGAGCAACGGCAGCCAGUGCGGCUUCUGUACACCAGGCAUCGUCAUGAGCUUGUACGCCUUGCUGCGCAACAACCAGGAGCCUUCCCAAGAAGAUAUCGAGGAGGCCUUUGACGGCAAUCUCUGCAGAUGUACCGGGUACAAGCCCAUCCUCGAAGCGGCCCAGACCUUCAGCGUCGAGAGGGGAUGUGGCCAGGCACGGACGAACGGUGGCUCGGGCUGCUGCAUGGAAAAUGGCGACGGCGAGAAGAAGGCUGGUGGAUGCUGCAUGGACAAGGACAAACUCGAUGACCAGCCCAUCAAGAGGUUUACGCCACCCGGCUUCAUCGAGUACAACCCCGACACCGAGCUGAUCUUCCCGCCGGCCUUGAAGAAGCACGAAAUGAAGCCGCUGGCGUUUGGCAACAAGAGGAAGAAGUGGUACAGGCCAGUCACCCUCGAGCAGCUGCUCGAUAUCAAGAGCGUAUACCCCUCAGCAAAGAUCAUCGGCGGCAGCACCGAGACCCAGAUCGAAAUCAAGUUCAAGGCACAGCAGUAUCCCAUCUCCGUCUAUGUGGGGGAUAUUGCAGAGCUGCGCCAGUACGAGUUCAAGGACGACCACUUGGAAAUCGGUGGAAACGUGGUGCUCACUGAUCUGGAGCACAUCAGCAAAGAGGCCACGCGCCAUUACGGCGACGCUCGGGGCCAGGUCUUUGAGGGAAUUCACAAGCAGUUGAAGUAUUUCGCCGGAAGGCAGAUCCGUAACGUCGGCACGCCAGCGGGCAACCUCGUCACGGCGUCGCCAAUCUCAGACUUGAACCCUGUUCUCUGGGCUGCCAACGCCGUUUUGGUGGCCAAGUCCCAGAGCCAAGAGACGGAAAUCCCCAUGUCACAGUUCUUCACCGGCUACCGAAGGACGGCACUCCCGCAAGACGCCAUCAUCGCUUCCAUCAGGAUCCCCGUAACGGCCGCCAAGAACGAGUUCUUCAGAGCCUACAAGCAGGCCAAGAGAAAAGACGACGACAUUGCCAUUGUGACCGGCGCCCUCCGUAUCAAGGUCGACGACGAUGGGGUCAUUACAGAGUCCAAUCUGAUAUACGGUGGCAUGGCCGCCAUGACCGUCGCCGCAAAGAAAACCAUGGAGUACUUGGUGGGAAAGCGGAUCGCCGAGCUGGAGACGCUCGAGGGAGCGAUGAACGCCCUCGGAACUGACUUUGACUUGGAGUUCAGCGUUCCGGGAGGCAUGGCCUCGUACCGAAAGGCCCUGGCGUUCAGCUUCUUCUAUCGCUUCUACCACGACGUCAUCACUAACCUGGGCGGGCAGAGCCAGCACGUUGAUAUCGAGGCUAUCGACGAACUCGAGCGAGGCAUCUCUGGCGGAACCGAAGAUGAUGGUGCCGCCGCUGCGUACGAACAGGAAAUUGUCGGCAAGUCCAAGAACCACGUUGCCGCGCUGAAGCAGGUUACUGGUGAGGCGCAGUACGUUGACGACAUUCCCUCGUUGAAAAACGAGCUGCACGGUUGCUUCGUGCUGUCUACCAAGGCCCACGCCAAGAUCAAGUCGAUCGACUACUCGCCGGCCCUCGACAUGCCGGGUGUCGUCGACUACAUUGACAAGGACGACAUCGAUACGCCCGAGCAGAACCGCUGGGGUGCACCUCGUUUCGACGAGGUCUUCCUCGCCGAAGGUGAAGUGUUCACCGCCGGCCAGCCAAUCGCGAUGAUACUUGCAACUUCAGCGUCCAGGGCUGCCGAGGCUGCUCGAGCGGUCAAGAUUGAGUACGAGGAACUGCCGUCUAUUCUUACGAUUGAGGAAGCCAUCGAGAAAGAUAGCUUCCACGACUAUUACCGAGAGCUCAAGAACGGAGACACUGAGGAGGCGUUCAAAAACUGUGAUUACGUGUUUACUGGCACGGCGCGGAUGGGCGGCCAAGAGCACUUUUAUCUCGAAACUAACGCUUCGCUCGUUAUUCCGAAACCUGAAGACGGAGAGAUGGAGGUGUUUUCCAGCACCCAAAACGCCAAUGAGACGCAAGUAUUCGUUGCCCGCAUAACCGGUGUUCAAGCCAACAAAAUUGUCGUCCGCGUCAAGAGACUCGGCGGUGGCUUUGGCGGCAAGGAGACGAGGUCGAUUCAGCUCUGCGCUCCACUCGCACUUGCGGCUAAGAAGACGAAGCGCCCCUGCCGCUACAUGUUGACUAGAGAAGAGGAUAUGGUCACCUCGGGCCAGCGUCAUCCGUUCUUGGGCCGAUGGAAGGUUGGCGUGAACAAGGACGGCAAGAUCCAAGCGCUGGACCUUGACGUGUUCAACAACGCCGGCUGGACAUUCGACCUGAGCGCUGCAGUCUGCGAGCGAGCGAUGUCGCACUCGGACGGCUGCUACAAGAUCCCAAACGUUUUCAUCCGCGGACGCCUGUGCAAGACCAACACCAUGUCCAACACGGCGUUCCGAGGCUUCGGAGGCCCCCAAGGCAUGUUUAUUGCCGAGACGUACAUGGAGGAGGUCGCAGACCGGUUGGGCAUGCCGGUCGAGAAGCUCCGCGAGAUCAACUUCUAUAAGCCGCUGGAGCCGACGCACUUCAACCAGCCCCUGACGGACUGGCACGUGCCGUUGAUGUAUGAGCAGGUUCAGAAGGAGGCCAAGUACGAGCUGCGAAGGGAACUCGUCAAGCGAUUCAACGACGGCAACAAGUGGCGCAAGCGCGGUCUCGCCAUCAUUCCGACAAAGUUUGGCAUCUCGUACACGGCCCUCUUCCUCAACCAGGCGGGCGCCCUCGUGCACAUCUACCACGACGGAUCCGUCCUCGUGGCCCACGGCGGCACGGAGAUGGGCCAAGGGCUGCACACCAAGAUGACGCAGAUCGCCGCGCAAGCUCUGCAGGUGCCGCUGGAGAACGUCUUCAUCUCCGAGACAGCAACCAACACGGUAGCCAACGCCUCGGCGACGGCGGCGUCGGCGUCGUCCGAUCUCAACGGCUACGCCAUCUACAAUGCGUGCGCGCAGCUGAACGAGCGUCUAGCGCCGUACCGAGAGCAGCUCGGGCCGGACGCGACGAUGAAAGAGCUGGCACACGCCGCCUACUUUGACCGCGUGAACCUCUCGGCGCAGGGCUUCUACAAGACGCCGGAAAUCGGGUAUAGGUGGGACGAGAACCGGGGCAAGAUGUUCUUCUACUUCACGCAGGGCGUCACGGCGGCCGAGGUGGAGGUGGACACGCUGACGGGGACGUGGACGUGCAUCCGGGCGGACAUCAAGAUGGACGUCGGGCAGUCCAUCAACCCGGCGGUGGACUACGGGCAGAUCCAGGGCGCGUUCGUGCAGGGCCUCGGCUUGUUCACAAUGGAGGAGUCGCUCUGGCUUCGCAACGGGCCAAUGGCGGGUAACCUAUUCACGCGGGGGCCCGGGGCGUACAAGAUACCGGGGUUCCGCGACAUACCGCAGGAGUUCAACGUGUCGCUCCUCAAGGACGUGGAGUGGAAGGAUCUGCGGACGAUCCAGCGGUCGCGGGGAGUGGGGGAGCCACCGCUGUUCAUGGGCAGCGCCGUCUUCUUCGCGAUCCGCGACGCGCUUAAGGCUUCGAGGCGGCAGUACGGUGUCGAGGCGACGAUCGGGGAGGACCGUGUAGGCGACGGCCUGCUGAGACUGGAGAGCCCGGCCACACCCGAGCGGAUCCGACUCAGCUGCGAGGACCCGAUUAUGAGGAGGGCGAGGGUGCUGCCGAAGGAGGGGGAGAAGAGCUUUUUCGUAGCCAUUUAG